UUGAGGGGAAGGAGCGCAGAAGUGAGCCGUGCAAGGAGGGUGUGCAGGAGCUCCCAGGCCCUGGAGGGUCGGGGGCAGGUGGCUGAUUCUGGGGCAAGGUCGCUGCCAGUGCUCACAUCAGCCCCAGUCCCCUGUCCUUGGCUGUGCAUCCGUCACCUCUGGACUCCCCAGGAGCAGCGAGACCUCAGACCGGGCUGUUUCACCAGGCUCUGGAGAGAGGGAACACCUCUGGCCUCGCUGAGAAGUCCUAAUCAAGCUUCUCCAGCCCCACUGUGCCACCUCCUCCCCGACAGUGGUCAGUAGCCUCUUGCAGAAGCCCUGGAAGAAACCUUUUCCCACAGUCCCCCUAUUUGCUAAAGAAGGGCCAUGUCUGCCUUGGAGCAGAGGAACCAGAGCAGGCAGCACACAGAGCCUGAGACAGGCUACAUCACCCCUGGGGUGAAGCCAAGGGGUGAGAUGUUCGUCUUUAUUGAUGGGAAAUGGGGGAAUGACACCUGCUGCCAGCCACCCUGUCCUUCCCACCAGAGACUCUUUAGCAAGAAGGCACAGAAUGAGUGGAGCAUCUGGGAGGAGAAUAGAGCACUCUGGCAGGAAAACCAAGUCCUCUGGAUCAAAAACAGGAUGCUCUGGGAAGAAAACAAGGCCUUACAGUAUCUCCAGUCACAGAACAAAUCUGUCCAGGUAAUUUACUCUGAUGCUCUUCAGCAAAACCUCAAGAGCAAAAAUAAGCCAUUUCCACUCUUCCAAGAGGGGACCACAGGCUUUCAGCUCUGCCUGGACAACAAAGCUCUCCAGUCAGUCCAGAAAAAGAAUAAAUUAUUUGAGGAUUUCCAGCAGGAGAAUAACGCACUCCCUGUUACCUGGAAGGGCCAAAAAGCCGUCACUGUCCAUGAAGAGAGUGAAGAUGCCAGCUCAGACCUUCAGAAGAACACUGACACCACUGCAGCUGUGGAAAAAGGUAACCCCAGCCCAGUCCCCCAGCAGGAACAUGAAGGUAGAAGGAAGAACACUACUCCAACUCAGAAUAAGAUUGAGUCUGCCCCAAGUAUGCCGGGAGAGCAUGAAAUCCUCCGAGUUCUUCAGGACCUGUGUGAGCUCCUCCAUACCUUCCUAAAAAUGAGCCAUCCUUCUGGGGAGAAACAGUGCUGUCACAAUGUCUGUGAUGUGAACAGAUCCUUCCAAGAAGAUUACAAUAAACUGAAGCUGCAGCUGAAAGCUGCGAAAAACACUGUGUCAGACAUCACAGCUCAAAUGGAUAUGCUGGAAAAGGAGAUCAUUGCCAUCACUUCCCCAGUGUAUGAAGAAGCAGGGCAAAAGCUGGCAACUGAGCAUCAGCUCGGACAUGUGUGAAGCUUGGGGCUAAGAACUGCUAGCUCAGUUCCCAAAAAGCUUCCCUCCUUUUUUCAGGAACCUAAUAAAAUCCCAAUAGAGCCUGAAGACAUCUGAGGAACCUUGGUUCUUUCUGAAACUUUCUUGCAGUACUUAGAAAUAUUUCACCUCCUGGUUAGAUGGUGUAGGUGACUGUAAUGAAUUUGCCUAGCCUCAGGAAUCAUGUUUUUCAGCAUUUUUUUUCAAAGUUUCUUACAGUAAAGUCUAGAUUUUCAGAAGGCUAUUGCUUGACGAUCUUAACUCUGAUUACAGCGUGCCAGCUUGUAGUCCAAGGACACACUCACAGUCUCUUCUAAAAACACGUUGAUUAAUAAAGGAGGAUGUCUCCUCCCAGACAUUAUGGUGGGGGCCACAGGAAGAAAUGGAGCUGGCAGCAGGACUUCUCCUGCACAGAGCAGUGAGAUCGCUCUUGAUUUCUUGGCUAGUCAGAUAAAGCAGGUUUUUAGCUGCCCCAGAAUAAGAAAGCCCCAGAGUAAGAAAGUAGGUUGCCAAAAGCAGCAUUUUGAUGGCUGUUCCAUGGAUUAAGCCAGUAUUUAAAAGGGCAUCUACUCACACUAUAAUGGACAAGUCAAUCUACAGUGAUCUGCUGACACAGAAAUGAGAGCCUUUUGAUCUGCUCAGGUUUGAAAUUCUGGUCUAGUCUCAGUUGUGGCCAGAGUGGCUGGAAAUGCAUUUCCUCUGUCCUGGACAGUCUGGAUGCAGUGCACUUUGUCACAAUCUUUCAGGCAGAAUAUGGAAGCCUUUAAGUAAUCUGACAAGACAGAUGCAGUGAGACUUCUGCAGAGCAAUUGUAGGAGCAUUACUGUAAACCAAACGAGAGGUUACAGUGAGGUUUAUCUGUUUCAACAGGACCCCAAAAGCAGGUUUUCACUCUAGUUUAAAAUCUCUAAGUGAUUUGGCACUGAAUUACCUAAAGCAUGAACUAUCUUUCACCUUGUAUUUCACUCAGACAAGACCAUGCCAAGUACAAGUGAUGACUGUUUACUUCAGAGGCUUAAAACAACAGGUAUUUUCUUUUGCUGCUUUGGUUUUGGGAUGCUGAGGGCAAUCUCUCAUGCAUGAAGUUAAAUGGCUGGCUCUCAGAGGUGUGGGUAGGGCUGCAUCUGUAAAGAUCAAGUGAGAAGAAGAGGAGUGAUGUUCAUUAAUAGGUGGAUGUACAGACAGCAAGUUGCUUCUGCUUAAUGACUGGGUCACAGCUAUUAAUAGAUAAAUACCUCAGCACUGUGCUGGAGAACAUUUUUUAUGCCUUCAGACAGGUUGCUUUUUUCUUCGCCAUCUGCAUCACCAGGUUUGAACACAUAGUUUGGUAAGAGAGAGAAACUGGACUAUGGAGACCCUAAUGAAGAGGUUCAGAGGAAGGUAACAGUAGUAAAAAGCUCUGAUCAUGUGUUCAUAUCUUAACAAACUAAUUUGUGUCCCAUUAGAAGAAAUAAACUGCUCUUUUGCCAGUGGUCAGAA